AUGGCAACAGGUAAUGUUGAAGAGGGUGAUAUCAUUUUAGAGGAUGAUGAGUAUUUAACUGUAAGCCCGGCAAUGACCAUGCACACUACUGAGCAACAAAGACAUGUUCUGAGGAUGCUAGAGAAAGCUUUAGCUAAUGAAAUGAAUCUUGAGAAGAAUUUCAUUGACUCAAGGCAAAUUGAAGAAAAGCUAAAACAAAGGACUGCUUCUUUAGAACAAGAGCUAAUUCUAACGGAGGAAGAAGCAACUGAUGCUUGGGAAAGAUGGCUCCAGGCAGAUAAUGCACGUGAGAUACUGACAGGUAUUUCAAAAGAGCUGUUGGGUAGACUCCAGAUAUCCCAGUUCAAUUUGCAUCAAAGAGCUAAGAUUGAAACUUGUCUAGAACAAGUGAGAGAGAGGGAUGUUACUUCGGACAAGAUUGAACAAUUGAAUGUUAAACUAAUUAAUGACAAUUUUGAGGUUGCCACUUUAAGUGACAAGGUGUGUUUAGUUGAGAAGCAGCUAAAAGAAUCUGAAAGCCAGCUAAUGAAUGUGAAGGCUUCUGCUGAUGAAUAUCAGAAACAGUAUAAUGUUUUGUGUUCUGAAGUGAGAGACUUGCAAGGCAUUAUUGUUGAAUUGAAAGAAAAUUUAUUUAAUGCGGAAAGUCGGGCUAAUACUGCAGAAACUCGUUGUAAGCUAUUGAAGGAGACUAAUAGUGAACUCAACAGGCAGAUGGCGCUUUUGAAAGAUAGUGGUGGCAAGUCUGAGAGGGUAGAGUCACUUGAGAGGCAGCUAAGGGAAUCUGAUUUACAGCUGCAGCGUGCGACAGCAUCUGCUGAAGCUAGUCUAGAGAAGCAAAGUAUGUUGUAUUCCACAAUUAAAGAUAUGGAGCAAGUGAUAAAGGAUCUUAAGUCAAAGGUCUCUAAAGCGGAGUUCCGGGCUAACAGUGUAGAGGAGAAAUGCAUCAUAUUAUCUGAGUCUAAUACUGAUUUAAACGAGGAACUAAGCUUCUUGAGGAGCAGAUUAGACUGCUUGGAGGGAUCACUAAAUCAAGUGGAGGAAGCAAAAGUGGCAUCCGCAAAGGAUAUUGGAAAGCAGGCAAAUGUUUUCAAAAAUUUGCUGAUGCAGCUGGCUGUUGAGAGAGAACGCCUUAAUAAGCAGCUGUCUUCCUUAGUCAGUGAGAACAGAAUAUUGGUUGUGAAGCUAAAGCAGACAAAUAAGCAUCCUUCUCAAGAAGUUAGUGUGACUUUGACAACUGAUCACCAGGUGGACAGGACUUGGAAAAAUUCCUCCAUAAAUGAUAAUGAAGUAAUGUUUGCAGAUACUGUGCCAGAUGCAGGUACUGUGAGGAGAAUAGAUGCAGGAGUUCUUAGUUUUAGGCACUUGUUCAUGUUAUCAGUGCUUGUCUUACUGUUUUCAGCCGUGACAUUUCUGAAUGUUGAUGCCAAUCUUUGA